AUGAAGCCAGAGGCAUUAGCCAUAGCAAACAGCUAUAGAGUAAACGAAGUGAGCUCUGUUGGUAUUUCUGGGUCUCAGGAACAACAUCGUACUGGACAAGUAAACCUUAAAAUUAGCGAUAGAUUUUUAGCUUUCGGCAUUUUUGGAAAUCAAGAUGAAAGUUUAAGCGAGUGUCAAACCGGAAGUCAAAAAGUUUAA